GCCACCUAGAAACCUUCAAGGCUUUAGAAAGAUGGCGACAGAGGCAGCAGGAACACACAAGGACCCCGUCACGGGGGAGAUGAUCUCCAAGCAGGAGCUGAAGCGGCGUGAAAAGCAGAGGGCCAAGGAGGCAUCCAAGGCUGCAAAGGCUGCCGCCGCACCAGCUGCUCCUGCGAAGGAGAAGGAGACGAAGCAGAGCGACGACGACUUGAACCCCAACCAAUAUUAUGAACUCAGGGCUAGGCAAAUCAAGCAUUUGAAGGAGACCCAGAACCCGAACCCCUACCCUCACAAGUUCCACGUCUCAAUCUCAUUAACCGACUACAUCAACAAGUAUGGCCCGGAGGGCGUCAUCGAGUCCGGAAACAAGCUCGAAGGCAAGACCGAAAGCCUUGCUGGACGUAUCCACAACAUUCGUGCCAGUGGUUCCAAGCUUCGAUUCUAUGACUUGCACGGAGAGGGCGUCAAGGUCCAAAUCAUGGCCACCCAACAGGACUCUGACAACCCAGACGGCUUCGUCGAGUUGCACGAACACUUCAAGCGCGGUGACAUCGUCGGUGUUGUUGGCACACCCUCGCGUACCAAGAAGGGAGAGCUCAGUAUCUCUCCGUCCUCGAUGGUCUUGCUCGCACCCAACCUCCACCAACUCCCUUCAUCCCACUUCGGCUUGAAGGACCAAGAAACCCGCUACCGCAAGCGCUACCUCGACCUCAUCCUCAACGAGAACAGCCGCAAAAUUUUCAUCACUCGCAGCCGCAUCAUCGCGUACAUUCGUCGCUUCCUCGACAACUUGGGCUUCAUGGAAGUCGAGACACCCAUCACCUCUCUCCUUGCUGGAGGAGCGACCGCCAAACCGUUCGUUACCCACCACAACGACCUCAACUUGGAUCUCUUCCUUCGUAUCGCUCCCGAGCUCUACCUCAAGCAGCUCGUCGUCGGUGGACUCGACCGCGUCUAUGAAAUCGGUCGUGUCUUCCGUAACGAAGGCAUUGACCUCACUCACAACCCCGAAUUCACCAUCUGCGAGUUCUAUAUGGCCUACGCCGACCAGGAGGACCUCAUGGAGAUUACCGAAAUCAUGUUGGAAGGUCUCGUCAAGAGCUUGACCGGCGGCACCAAGCUCAUUUACCACCCCGACGGCAACAAGGGACAGGAGGGUGCCAAGCAGAUCGAGCUCGAAUUCAAGCGCCCCUGGAAGCGCUACGACAUGAUCGAAACCCUCGAGGAGAAGCUCGGCGUCAAGUUCCCUCCCGGCGACCAGCUCCACACCGACGAGACCAACAAGUGGUUGCGCGAGCUCUGCACCAAGCACAACGUCGAGUGCUCCGAGCCUCGCACCAACGCGCGAUUGCUUGACAAGCUCGUCGGAGAGUUCAUUGAGCCGCUGUGCCAGUCGCCUUCCUUCAUCGUUGGACACCCGCAGGUCAUGUCCCCUCUUGCCAAGUGGCAUCGCUCUCGCCCUGGUCUUUGCGAGCGAUUCGAGGGUUUCAUGUGCGGAAAGGAGUUCUGCAAUGCGUAUACCGAGUUGAACGAUCCCUUUGAGCAACGGUUGCGAUUCGAGGAGCAGGUUAGGCAGAAGGAGCAGGGAGACGAGGAGGCUCAGGGUAUUGACGAGACUUUCAUCGAUGCUCUUGAACACGGUCUCGCUCCCACUGGUGGAUGGGGAUUGGGUAUCGACCGUCUCGUCAUGUUCUUGACCGACUCUACCAACAUCAAGGAGGUCUUGCUCUUCCCCGCCAUGAAGCCCGAGGCGACCACCCCCGCCAACAACCCCGGCGGUCCUACCCUCGGUCCUUCCGGCCAGAUCUAAUCCUUGCAUAUAUCCAUCGACGAGUGAAAAAAAGAGGAAUUUGGAUCAGAUGAGAAACAGAAGAAAAUGCUGAAAGUACUUUACACGACAAUAGCCUGUAAUGUAGCUCGUAGAAUAAAUAUGGGCUAUGAACUAGAUUGAUCACACUAGAUACGAGACGUCGAUGGGUUUGCACCUCCGUGCGGGAUGCCUGAUGAAUCAAUGACGGAUCACAGAAA